AUGAAAUUUUUCUCCGUUCUGCUGUUCUUUGGCAUCGCUCUGCCCGCUGUUGGCACCAGCGUCACCGAAGAGGAGAUCGAUAGCCAGACUAUUGCUUCCUUUUCAAAGCUCGGCUGGUGGUCUAACCCUGGAGAAAGCAACAUCCAAAAAACCUCUGCCUCGUACAAGAAUUUCUACCAAGAUAAGGAGAGUCAUGAGUCUGGUGAAGUCACAUGUCCCUUUAAUGCGAAGGAAUGUGCAACACAAGGCUCUUAUUAUCAGGAUGAUGACGAUAAAAUAUGGACUCACAAGGCAGUUAUCUCCGAGCUCUUCAUCGCAAAAUUUGGAAGGGUUAUUGCCGGUGCAAGAACGUUCGCUGAAAAUGUGGUAGACGCUUCUACGUUCCUUGGGGGCUGGAUUACCGUCACACAUCGCGAAAGCUCGUCCGGGAUAAACCAGAAUGAUAUCUUCGACAAAUUAAACGAACUGCCAGACUCUGCAGGACAGAGUAUAGGCUGCAAGCGGAAGGGGGUCUGUAAGAGAAGUAUCCUUAAUCGCAGAAGAAAGGGCUCUGGCAAGGGCAAGGGUCACAGUAACGAGAACAACAAGGACAAGAACAAGGACGAGGACAAGAAAAAGUCAACUACUUCCAAGCACGAAGACCCUAAGACGACCACCACGGAGGACACCAAGCCAACUACAAGCCAGUCUAAGUCAACAACUAAACAAGACGAUCAUAAGUCUACGACUACAAGCCCUCCCAAGUCAACAACUAGAAACGACGAUCAUAAGUCUACGUCUACAAGCCAUCCCAAGUCCACAUCCCAGACGCAUAGCUCCAAAUCAACAUCUACCAAUCGUUCCCAUUCGACUUCUACGAAAUAUUCCAAGUCUACAUCUGCAAGCCAUUCUACGUCCACAAAGCAUGAGGCAACAUCAACUGGAACCCAAGAGCCAUCAGCUACCCCUUCAAGCUGUAGCGGAAAGGAUGGCGGCGAGUGUAAGGUUGAUUGCUCUACUUUCGAUCCCUGGGAACCGGGAACUUUCGAGAGUGAAGAGUCAGAGGAAGAUGAAGAGCUUGCAAUUCGAGGGACUGGUUUCUUCGGCUUAGAAAGACGAGCCAAUGGAGUUGGUAACGGGAAGGGCAUCUUGGUCUGCGGUGUUAAAGUUCAUACCGAUCCUUAUCCACCCGGAGGAAAGCUGGCAGCGGUUCCCCCAGGUCAGAGGCUUGAAUCCGAGCACGUACUGGAGGCCCAGAUGAUCAGUAUCUUUUUCUCCGCAUUGGAUGAGGCAAAGGGCAAAAAUUACCCCGAUCCUUAUGAAGAUAGUAACAAUCCUACGAUGAUGACUUUCUGCCGAUAUGUUGGAGCUUAUUGGAAUACCACAAAUAAUAAUCCAUUGCCAAAGCUGAACAAUGUGGAGAAAUCUGGCCCUAAAUGGAUUGCCGAUGAGUACCCUACAAAGAACAAAUUUGUUAGCGAGUUUUUUCUGCUGCCUAAGAAUGCUAAUGGAUUGAAAAAACUUAGCACGCCCUCCACGUACUUCAAGGACACGAUCUAUGACAUCCAGAUCUAUGACAUCCAGAUCUAUGACAUCCAGAUCUAUGACAUCCCGAUCUACUACAACAUCGCGGUCCACCACAACAACUACCAACCUAAGGGGUUGGACCAGGAAUGGGACAAAUGGAUAAAAAAGCACACCGACAACACGAUCGACAAGGCCAAUAAGUGGUUAAAAAAGACCUAUUCUCAAAUGAAAGACGCAAUGGAAGUGCUUAACAAGUAUGAUACUUCAAGCCUGAGCGAUAGCCAAAAGGAUGACGUCAAGGAUUUUAUCCAAUAUCAUAAAAAUGCGGACGAAGCAUACAAACAGAUGAUAAUGAAACCAUGGAAGAAUCCUUUCUAA